UCUCUGACUAAAGGUAGUUUACACUACUUGAAAUGUUUGGCCGUUUGCAACAUUUAUCCAGUUGCUUGAAUAAGUGUCAUUUUGCGUGAGUCAUGAACACACAGGACAGCCUUUUGAAGAUAACACUCGUAAGUUCAAAUUAAACAUUUGCCCCAAAAUAGCCACAGAACAGUUUUCUUAUGAACUUGUGUUUUUUCUUCAGUGGGCAGUAAAAGAGAUCCCCGGCAGCACUGAAAGUGACGCGCAGGCCAGUAAGUACCUGAUGACCAUCCACACGGGGCAUGACUGGGAGGCUGGCACCAAGUCAAAGGUCACCUUUACUCUAUGUGGUGACCAGCGCGAUACGGGCGUCAGGGAGGUGCCGCAGAAUGAUAGGACGUUCGAGAUGGGAGGUACGGAUAACUUCCUCUUGAAGACGCCGCAGCCUCUCGGAGAGCUGGUCAGCCUGAAGAUGUCUCACGACAACUCAGGGGAGGGCCAGUACGCGUCUUGGUAUCUCCUUAAAGUGGUCAUCACCAACCUGGACACCAACAAGAGGACCACCUUUAUGUGUGAUGACUGGCUGGAUGAGGAGUACUCCGCCGGAAAGUUCAGCCGGACCAUACACGCGGAGAGCGAUAUGGACCUCUCUUUCGGCCGGACCUUCAAGACGGCCAUCAGGACCAAGUUCACGGACGGUCACCUCUGGCUGUCUGUCGGCACCCGCCGCCCGAGGAGCUAUUUUACACGCGUGCAGCGUCUGUCGUGCUGCCUGUGCCUCCUGUACUGUAAGAUGAUCGCCAGUGCCAUGUGGUUCCGGACGGCGAACCAGGCCUCGUCUCAGAGUCUCUUCACUAUUGGACCACUGGACAUAACCACUCAGCAGCUGUGGAUCAGCGUGGUCACCACUCUGCAAAUCUUCCCUGUCAACUUCGCUAUCGUGCAGAUCUUCCGCCGCUGCCGCCCCAAGGAUAAGGAGGGCGUCGACCCGGUGGAGGAAAAUCCCAAGUCCGCGAAGUACCAGGUGCGGAAGAAGUGGAGGUCGUCCAUGAUGCCGCACUGGUUCAUCUACAUCGCCUGGGUGGCGCUGUUUCUCUCCAGCCUGGCGUCCGCGUUCUUCCUGAUCCUCUACAGUCUGGAGUGGGGCAGGGACAAGUCCAUCCAGUGGCUCACCACCUUCGGGCUCUCCUUCAGCCACUCCAUGUUCAUCAUUCAUCCCGGAAAAGCCGUUUUCAUCGUGCUGAUGAUGACCAUCCUGUGCCGCCGCCGGGCCAGCCAGGGGCCGGGCGACAUGAUGAUGGACGAGCUGAUCUUCACGACAGGCGGGUCGCCCGAGGCCGAGGACAGCGCCGACGCUCCUGAAACUGUCGCUGUCACCAAGGAAAGUGAAGCGCCAAAGGACGCCGCCCCUGCGGACGUCGCUAAACAACGCAAACAGAGACGCAAGAAGGAUAAACUGAUGCGAUUUGGGAAGCAGUUCGUGGUGUAUAUCUUCUACGUCGUCUGCGCCCUGCUGGUUGUGAACGAAACCUGGGAUCCCUUGUCCUAUCACGCACAUGACGACAUGAAGCGCCAUCUUGUUGAUGGAUUUGACAAGAUUCAAAAACGUGAAGACAUCCUUCUCUGGAUGAAGACAGCGUUCACAGACAGAUUGUACCCAGCGGAGGAGUACAACGGCGAGACUAUCAGCUGGGAGGAGCGGGUUUUCAUCAGUGAUGUCCGGGCUUACCGCCUCGGCCCCGUGAGGAUUCAACAAUGGAGGGCCGAAACAGAACACUGCGCUGUGACGAAGCCCUCGCUCAUCCACCUGACAAAGAGGUGCCUGUUACCGUGGCACGGCAGCUUCCGACACGAGGGCAACUUCUUCAAAAACGUCACCACAUCCGCCCUGCACCUGGCGGCCACCUCGUACGGGCGCGGCGGAUACGCCGUCGAUCUCGGAGAAGACCCGGCCCAGAUGAGAUCAGUCUUAACAGCGAUGAUUAAGAGUGAUUGGCUGGACAGGCUGACUUCCACUGUGCAAGUCGACUUCUCCAUGUAUAACGCGGACGCGUCGCUGUUUCACUCGCUGAGGCUCGUGUACAAGUUCUUACCGACGGGCGACGCCACUACAACCUUUUCAGCUAAUUCCUUCAAGACCAUCAACGGUAAGGGGGCUUAUGCGGCUGUGGUGUUUCUCGCAAAGGCAGGCUUCAUCGGCUGCGUGGCUUACCUGGCCUUCAACCUUUUCAAGACGGGAAAGAAGGAGGGAAAGUUGUUCUUCAGUAACCAGGACAACAUGCUGGAGCUGGCUUCCCUGUUUGCCUCACUUGUGGUCAUCGCUGCGGACGUGGCCAAAGUCGUCAUCAAGGCACAGACGCAGCGCAGAAUCCACCAGCAGCGGAACGAAGUGGAUAGAAGCUUCAUAGACCUUGAUCAGGCCGCACAAGUGAGCGAGCACUUCGUGAACGCCGUGGGUGCUCUGGUGUGCUUCACCGUGCUGAGGCUGUGCCGCUUCCUAGAUCUGGACAAGAUCAGCGCCCGCAUCGAGCUCUUCACUGAACAAGCUCACCGCUGGGCAGGCCAGAUGCUGGGAUACCUGAUCAUGUUCCUGACGCUGAUUGCUGGGUACAGCAUGUUAGGGGCCCUCCUGUUCAGCCCUUAUCUGAAGGGGUACAAGUCCCUGCCCGACACCAGCGCGACUCUGCUGCUGAUGUUCUGGAAGAAGAACGACGUGGAUUGGUUGGCAUUGAACAAAGGCAUUCUGGGACCGCUGUACAUCUUCAGCUUCUCCUGCACCAUGGUGUUCCUCAUCUUCAACGUCACGGCGGCGGUCAUCCUGGGCACGGUGGCCAUGAUGAGGGAACACCGACUCGGGGAGGCGGAGGGAAGGAACCCGCCCGCCCGCCAGAAGGAUACGAAACGCUCACCUCGUGGGAGACGGGCUAAGUAUCUCCUGCCUGACCGUGGCCAAGCCACUGUGCCUACCUAUGAAAGCGAGGCGUAGGCAACAAAUGACUGUAAAGAUAAUCUCCAAGUAGAUCUACCGGUGGCGAGCAGACAGUAUUCAUAUAC